AUGAUGAAGCAGGGCGUGUUUGUGCCUAUUGCGAAAAAAAAUUGCCACACCUGUUCAACAGCUACACGAUGCCUUGAGUGUAACAAUUCCCUGCACUUGGACGAGAUGUUCAAUUGUGUUGAUGCUUGCCCGAGCGGCUACUAUCCGGAGGGCAGCAAGGAUCGUGGGAGAAGCUGCCUGAGUUGCCCCACAUAUUGCAGUAUUUGCGCAGGGCCAGAAGUAUGCCUUGAGUGCCACGCGUUUCGCUAUCUGAAUCCAGACAGCACUUGCAGGGCAGAUUGUCCAGAUGGCUUCUACAAGCAAGGAUACAAUGAAACCAGAAACACGUGCCCUCGCUGCUUCCACACUUGUAGCAAAUGUGACUCCGCAGAUGUUUGCACGGAAUGCAAGAACUUCACGUAUUUGACACCAGACUCUAAGUGCAACUAUGAAUGCCCGGCUGGGUAUUGGGAACGUGGCACGGAAGAAGUUGGUGGUUCCUGCGAGCGGUGCUCCGACAAUUGCGCUGAAUGUAGUAGCAUGGACGUGUGCGAGGUUUGCCAUAGUGGAUACUUCCUCGACAUCACAAGUGGAACGUGCAAGAAAGAGUGUCCUGAUGGCUACUGGGAGAAGAUUUUGGAUCGAACCGUGGACAUUGGUCGCACAUGUGAGCUUUGCUCAUGGCCUUGCAACAAGUGCGAUUCGGACCAGCAUUGCACAGAGUGCAAGGACUCUUCAUACCUCACCCCUUUUGACACCUGCGAGUAUACUUGCCCACCCGGCUUCUACCCACAAGGAGUAGGGGAGAUCGGUGUAACAUGCCAGCCUUGCUCUGGGAACUGUGCGACUUGUGACACAUAUGAAGUAUGUACCACCUGCAAGAAUAACAAGUUCUUAAAUCCAGACGGAACUUGUCAGGAUAUUUGCCCCGAUGGAUACUGGCAAUUGCCAGUGUCAGGUGGUGUGGGCAACUCGUGCCCGUUAUGUGCGGAAAACUGCAGCUUGUGCACAAGCCCAACUGUUUGCCAGGAAUGCCGCAAUUCCACCUACUUGACUCACUACAGUUGGUGCGAAGUCCAAUGCCAAGAUGGUUAUUACGAAGAAGGUGCCGGUCACUUUGGCCGCGUGUGCAAGGCCUGUCCAGGCACUUGCAACAAAUGCAAGGCUGAAAACUAUUGCACAGAGUGCAAAAAGUCCACAUACCUCACAAGCUUGAACGCCUGUGAGCAGAGCUGCCCCAUUGGCUUCUAUCCAAACCGGGACAGAGAAGUAGGUGGUGAAUGUGAAACCUGCCCAGAACAGUGCUCGCAAUGCACUAGUGCUUCCACAUGUUCAGAAUGCAAGGAUGGUCUCUACUUGACACCUUAUGGCUUUUGUGAAGACACCUGUCCUCUUGGCCAUUUUGCCCGCGAUGGUACAGCUGGAGUUGGAGGCACAUGCCCAAUGUGUCCCGAGAAUUGUUAUGCGUGCAACAACGCCGAGGAGUGCACGGUUUGCAACAACAACACCCAUCUCACGGCGUAUGGACAGUGCAGAUCAGAGUGUCCAGCAGGAUACUACGAAAACGUCACCAGCGGCAUUGAUGGAGACGUGCACAGGGUAUGUCUCCAAUGCCCAGGACACUGCAACACCUGCGAGAAUGGCCUUCGUUGCACCGAAUGUAAGAAUUCGCUCUAUUUGACAGCAGAGCAGCAGUGCGAAAGCGACUGCGGGCAUGGCUUUUUCCACGAAGGAUUUGGAGUUGUUGGACGGACAUGCCAACCAUGCAUGGAAGAUUGCCACAAGUGCCAAACUUCGACAGAGUGUUUGGAGUGCAAGAAUGACAAGUACCUCACUCCCACGCAGGAUUGUGCAGAUGUAUGCCCACUGAGCUACUAUGGUGAAGGGGACCAAGCCAUUGGCAGAACCUGCGAGCCGUGCUCCAAAGACUGCAAUCGCUGUGACAAUCGUGAGUUUU